AUGGUCCUCCAAGGAAAACUCCCAUUAGAAAUGGACAAUCGAGUGGCAGAGAAUGUUCUCGGUACUCUGGGUGCAGUUUGCUGGUCUAUCCAACUGCUUCCUCAAAUAAUUAUCAAUUACAGGAGACAUGACACUGAGGGGCUACAAGGGUCAAUGAUGCUCUUAUGGGCCGUCGCGGGGGUUCCCCUAGGGGUGUACAAUAUUGUAGAAGAAUUUAAUAUCGCCCUAAGGAUUCAGCCCCAAAUCCUGACAAUACUCAGCCUCCUUACCUGGGCACAGUGUCUCUACUAUGGAAAGAAAUACCAAAUCAUGAAAUGCUGUGUCGCAAUCACUUCACUUCUGCUGCUGUUGGGUGGCAUUGAAGCUGGACUCAUAUUUGCCCUGCAGGCUGCAAAAAGGCGUGGACUGGAAUGGCCUCUUAUCUUGAUGGCAGUUUUAAGUGCAUGUUUACUUGCAGCAGGCGUACUAAGACAUUACUGGGAUAUUUAUGUACACCGGACUGUUCGAGGAAUCAGCUUCAUUUUUGUCGGAAUUGACGCUGCUGGGGACUUGUUUUCGCUCGUCUCUGUUCUUUUUGGAUCGACUAUUAAUGUCCUUGGGAUAAUUAUCUAUGGAACUGAAUUGACACUUUGGGUGGGCAUAUUCAUCUGCGGCGGUGUGUUUAACCUCUGGCCCUGGAUCAAAAAGCGCUCCGAGCAGCGAGAUGGCAAUCUCCAGGAUCCGGUGUCUCUACAUCCAAUGCCAUCGUCGACUUCUGUGUUCAGGACCGCGUCCGGAUCUCAAGUGGUGGAAAGGAGGCCAUGGCAGGGUUCAUAG